GCAUGUGGUGCUUACGAAACUAAUUUCUAAAACCAAAACACGAGAAAGCGAACGUGCGGUUGCGGUACAACACUGGAUUUCCUUGUAUAACUCUUUAAUGCAAUGGAGAGUUGAGUAGUCCACGAUCUAAGAUCUGCAGAAUAUUAAAGAAAUGGCCAAGAGAUCUGAUUUGGCAGGGUUUCUGAGAGGUCUGGAAUACAUCACAAGAGCUGUGAUAGAGACUCAGGGACCAGAGAUAAAGCAAGUAUGGAAGAACAGCAGUCUGAAAACAGCAGCGGAAAAUGUGUUGGCUAGAUCCCAGACCAUUGUACAGGAUGUAACUUCAAACCAAAGCAACAUCCCGAAAGUAAUAAAGGACAAGACAGUGAUGAUGGCAAGUCAAGCAUCUACAGUGGUUAGAACCCUAAGGACAAAUGCCCCAUCAAUGUCUGCUCCAUUUAUGGACAAGAAUGCAUCUGACUUGGACCUGUCAAGUGACUUCAGCAAGGCAUUGGGCGUGAAUGAGGAAGCUUUAAAGGAAGUGGAUUACGUGGAUGGUGAAGAAAAUCUUGCCAAGCCGACAAGCUCCAAGGUGGGCAAAAAACCACCAUCAAAGACUAUACUGAAGGACAUUUUGGAAAAUACAAAAACUGUAAAAACAACAGAAUCCAGUAUUAAUACUGAGGCUGUCUUAAAACCUGAGCCAGUGAUUGAGUCAGAGGACAUUUUUGAGCAAGUCAAGGAAGAUCUAGUGAAGAAAACAGUAAAGACACCAAAACGACCACCACUUUCUUCAUUCAAGUCUGCACCAAAGUUAAGUGACACUGCUAAAGAGAGAAAAGUGCCAUCAUCAAGAAUUGGAAGAGUGGCCAAUUUCGGAGGUUUAUUUGUGGGCCUGGGAGUUGGUGCUUUGUCAGAGGUUACAAAGAGAGGACUGGGACUGAAGAAACAAUCAGCAAAUAACAAUGCAAGUUUGAUUGGAGAAAACCCAUUUCUAUCAAGAUUACUGUUUAUUUGUGGGCCUGGGAAGAAAGUUUUGCGGGGUGAGUUUGGAGAUGACUGGCAGGAUAAAUUUGAACACAUUGAUGACAUCCCCUUUGCUGCUGCUUCCAUUGGACAGGUUCAUAAAGGGAAGCUCAAAGAUGGUACAGAGGUGGCCAUGAAAAUCCAGUACCCAGGUGUGGCAACCAGUAUAGAAAGUGACAUUAACAAUUUAAUGACUGUCUUGAAGAUCUGGGAUUUGUUUCCAAAAGGUGUGUACAUUGAUGACCUGAUGAGAGUCACAAAGAGAGAAUUAAACUGGGAGGUUGAUUAUGAAAGAGAGGCCAAAUGUAGUAUAAAAUUCAAAGAGUUACUAAAGGACCACCCGUUAUUAGAGGUUCCUGCUGUGGUACCUGAGCUGAGCUCUAGGCAGGUGUUAACCACAGAGUUUGUGGAGGGGAUACCUCUGGAUCAGUGUACUGAACUAGACCAAGAAACUAGAGACCAGAUAUGCACAGAAAUUUUAGACCUCUGUUUGACAGAAUUAUUUGAUUGGAAAUUUAUGCAGACUGAUCCAAACUGGGCCAACUUCUUCUACAACCCAGACACUGGAAAGCUGAUCCUGUUAGACUUUGGAGCCAGUCGGAGUUUCUCUGCUCGGUUUGUGGAUGAUUAUAUACGGAUUAUCAAGUCGGCAUCAGAAGGGGACAGAGAGGGCGUCAAACACUGGUCCGUAGAGUGUGGCUUCCUCACCGGAUAUGAAACAAAGACUAUGGAGACUGCUCACAUAGAUGCUGUCAUGAUUCUAGGAGAAGCCAUGGCGAAGGAUGAAAAGUUUGAUUUCGGGACCCAAAGUGCAACCAUGCGUAUCUUUAAUCUUGUUCCAGUGAUGGCUAAACAUAGACUUACGCCUCCACCCCAUGAGACAUACUCUCUUCAUCGGAAAAUGUCGGGGUCUUUCUUAAUAUGUACUAAACUCAACGGCAAAGUCAACUGUAAACGAUUGUUUGACAACAUUUUUGCCCGAUAUGAAUUUGGAAAGGAAUGUGAAUUCUGGCAGGACUAAAUUUUUUGGGAUAUAUUAUUUUUCAAAGCAUGAAUGGAUAUUUAUUGAUUGACUGCUAUUAAAUAUAUCAUGUAGCCAAUGCACAGCUUGCAGUAUGUUUAGUGUUUAAAAUAAUUGUUGGUAUUGGUAGACAUUACUGAUGCAUAAUAAA